UACGACGACGAGCGACCACCGAGGCAAUGGCUCCUCCUCUUUCCACCGAGGAUGCCAAAGCGGCGGCCACAGUCGACAUCUUCAACAUCACAUUCGACCGAACAAAGGCCGAAGCGAGCAAUUGGGAGCUGACGUACCUCAAGGAGCUCACCGAGGAGCUCAAGCAGGAGAAUGGCGGCCAAAUUCCUGCGCCUUCGCCCGAGAUUGCCGACAGGAUCCUCAUCGCAAGGCUCUCCCUCGACACCGAGGGCGACAUUAUGAGCGACGAUUCUGACUUGCUAGCCGUCUUGGCCGGCCUUCCAAAGGGUCAGACCUCGUACGACUAUCUCGUGGGAGCCUGGAAAAGAUGCAGGGCACAAGAGAGCAGAGCAAGAAAGGACUUGGGAAGCAGCGAGUCAGCCCCAGUCGUCUCUUCCCUCGAAGAGGUCCGGUCACUCAUCAUCUCCUACCUUGGCCUCAUCGUCAACACGCCCGACAUGUUCCCAAACCACUCGAAGCCAUCUACGAGCUACCUUCGACAGCGCCAAGUCUCGCCCCUCUGUCUUGUCCCGUCGCUUCUGAAGCAGGGGUCUGGAUCCCUUGCCAGCACCACCGACCCUUACUCGUCGUCUUCAGCCAGCAGCAGUGCUUUGGCCUUCUCUCUCGGUGACGCCAAUCGAUGGGCGACAUUUGAGCCGUUUGAGCUGCCGCUCAUGCUCACCGACCUCGCAAGACGUUUCGACGGCGAGGGCCUCGACGAGGUCCUGGGCCCAGCGCUGACAGAGAUCUCGCGUCAGAUCCGAGACGGACCCGAUGAUGGUACUGGGAAAGGGCCGGGAAGCUCUUCGCAGCAGACGUCUGCGAAUGGAAGCGGCAAUAGCAGCAGCAGUAACGCCAAUGCAAACGCCAACGAUGCGCUGAAUAGGGCUGCCGCUGCUGGAGAUGUACAGGCGGUCCUUGCUCAUCUGCUCGGCCAGGCGGGACAGGCAGGCAUGCCCGGUGCUCCGACAAGACCGCCAGGCAAUGCCUCUGCCGCUCCUGUCCCUUCUCUCGGGCUAAACCAGAAGGAGGGCAUGAACAUCGGAGGGAUGGAGUGGAAUGUCUACGUGAUGGCCAUGGCCGAUUGCGCUGAUGUAAAGCCUAUUGCGUCCGCCAUGACAUCGCUGCCCAACUUCAACCCCUCAACGGCGAGUGGUCCGACGUUGGAGAGAGAGUCGUUGCUAGGGCCCGUGCUUCGGCUAUCGUCCUUUGCCGAUACAUCGCCCUCCCUCUGCGACCAGUUCUACGGCGACGGAGACCGUGCUCGGAUGGCGAGCGCCCAUUCAUCGCUCAGGACGACGCUGGCCGUGUUGCACUCGGCCCACUUUCGAAUCUUCAAUAGCCUUGUCAGGGCAGGACCAGGGCCAAGGGAGGCAGUCCUGGCCUACUGGGGCCGAGCGUGCGAUCUCAAUAGAAAGAGAGGCGCCAUGAGAGCCAGGGCAAGGGAGGUGGCCACGGACGGCUUCAUGGUCAACCUCUUUGAGAUGCUCAUGCGCUUCUCUGAGCCAUUCAUGGACUAUAAAUACAGCAAGAUUGAUCGAAUCGACCCUGAAUAUCUACGGAGGCAGAAGCGAUUUGACGUUUCCGAGUUGACCAGGCUAAAUGCCACCGAGCCAGAGGCGAAGGAAUGGGCGGAUCAGGCGGAAGCCCUGUCAUCACCACCGAACUUCAUCACCGAAACAUUCUUUAUCGCGCUGAGGCUGGCGAGCUUGGGGCUAGGCAAGGCCAUCCGGACGCUCAACGAUAGAGUCGAGGAGAUGCAACGCCUAAAGAAGAGGACAAAAGAGGUCGAGGAAAGCCGGGCAACGUGGGCCUCUACUCCCCAGGCGAUGCAAUACGAUGCAUUCAUCAAGCGCGCUGAGGCCGAAUGCAAGCGGAUGGAAGCAGAGGUGUUCGCAAGCGAAUGCCAGCUUCUCGAUGACGACUUCAUCUCGCGGACCGUCAUAUUCAUCAGCUUCGUCAUGACUUGGCUUGUCAGAGUCGCCGACCCGCGCGGCCAGCAUCCGCUCACCCAGGUCGAGCUGCCUCUGCCCAAGGAGGUCCCUAUACACUUCAAAAUGCUCCCAGAGCACAUCUUUGAAGAUGUAUGCGACGUGCUCCUCUUCCUCGGGAGAUACAAGCCUGAUGCGCUCACGGAGGCGGCCAAGACGGACCUUGUCACGUUCUGCACAACAUUCCUCUCUUCGGGCUGGUUCAUUCGCAACCCUUUCCUCAAGGCCAAGCUGGCCGAGAUUCUCUUCUACAAUGUGCUUCCCUUUGGCUACAAUAAGACGGGCGUCGUGGGCGACACAAUCAACUUCCACCCUCUGGCUCUGCGCCAUUUGGUACCAGCCCUCAUGUCGUUUUGGAUCGAGGCAGAGUCGACGGGCUCCCAUACGCAGUUCUACGACAAGUUCAACAUCCGCUACCACCUCUCGCGAAUCUUUGAGACGAUCUGGUCCAACCCGCAGCACAAAGAGAGGCUUCACGCCGAGGCCAGCGGCAACGACUCCAACUUUGUCAUCUUUGUCAACCGGCUCCUCAACGACGUGACCUUUCUCUUGGACGACGCCCUCGAGCGGCUUCUGGAGCUGCACUCGAAGCAGGUCGAAAUGGAUUCGCCAGAAUACCAGCAAAAGACGGCCGAGGAGCGCCAAGAGUUUGAGGGACACGUUCGCGGCACCGAGGGUCAGAUCCGGAGCAUGCUUCAGUUUGGCCACGAGUUCCUUGCCAGGCUCAUUGACUUUACGGGCGAGCCAGGCAAGACCAAGGAUGCCUUUAUGCAACCGGAAAUUGUUGCAAGGCUGGCAUCGAUGCUCAAUUACAAUCUCGACCUGCUCGUCGGACCGCGAUGCCAGGAGCUCAAGGUCAAGGAUCCCAAAAAGGUUCGCUUCAACCCAAAGGAGCUCCUCAAGCAGAUUCUUUCCGUCUACCUCAACCUUGCGGCGCGGCACGAGUUUGUGCAGGCCAUCGCAAGGGACGGGCGGUCGUAUCGUAAAGAGAUCUUCGAGAAAGCUUGCAGGAUCGCGCAGAAGCACAUGCUCAAGGGCAGCCCUGAGCUCGAUGUGCUGAUGGGCAUGGUCGGCCAGGUGGAGGAAUUCAAGACGAUGGAGGAGGAAGAGGAGGAGGACCUGGGUGAUGUGCCGGAUGAAUUCCUCGAUCCUCUCAUGGCAACAAUCAUGCUACACCCUGUGGUCUUGCCUUCGAGCAAAGCCGUGGUGGAUCUAUCGACGAUCAAAUCGCACCUUCUUUCGGACGCUACCGACCCGUUCAAUCGGGUGCCUCUCAAGCUGGAAGAGGUGCAGGAGGACAAGGAGCUCAGAGAACGGAUCAUGGCAUUUAGACAGGAGAGAAAGAGGACAAGGCAGGAGUGAUGCCACUUCGUCUGAGAUUCUUUCUCCUCGUCUUGUAUCUACUGCACAUCGUUGCUCUGUUGAAACUCAAUCUAUGGCAUUAGCACGCAAGUAAU